AUGUUAGAAGUUAUAACGUCGUCGAAUUCUGGUCUCAACAAAACCGAUAACGUUAACUUAUACAGCCUUGAUCCAAAUUUUUUCAUGGAUAACUUUGAUGGUGGUUUUCCAACAACAUCGGUGGAAGGCAGAAGCUUUCAACAGGGCACAUCUGACCGUCAUAAUCUAACAUCAACAGCUACGUCUUCAUCAUCACCGGGCGAUUUACUGCUCAUCUAUCAACCGUUUCAACAAGAACAACCCCAUCACCAUCACAGUCAUCAUCAUCAUCAACCACAGGAACAAAGACAACAACAGCAACAGAAACAACAACAAAAACAGGAGCAACAAGAGCAGUUACAAGAACAGCGACGUCAACCAGAUAUUCAACCAUUUACCGAACCACCAACACCGUCGUCGUCGUCUGCUAGUGGGCAACAGCCACCAUUGUUUCUUCGUCGCGAAAAAUCUCCAACAUUGCUUCAGGUGCCUGAACAAACCCUAUUACGAGUUCAACCACCGCCUGAAUUAACCCACCCAGGUGAACCGACGUUUUUACAAACGGCCGAAGCAUCAUCAUCGUUACUUCAGCCUCCAGAAACUGCACAAAUUUUUAAUAACGCUGAACCAUCAUCAUUACUUCAAGUAUUGGACUCGACGUCAUUUCUUCAUAGCGGUGAACACUCCGAUUACGUACACGGUUCUGACUCGUCACCAUUUAAUGCUUCCGAUUCGGCACCGUUGUUUCCUAGCGUAGAUCCAUUACAGUUAUUACAUUCACCGGAGUCGUCAUCGUUGCUGCAACCAUCCGACUCAACUUCACUGUUACCAAUUUCAGAACCAUCAUCAUUACUUCAAACACCGGAACCGUCAUCAUUGCUACAGGUUCCAGAAACAUCAGCGUUACUUGACGCUUCAGAACCAUCGUCGUUAUUCCAAUCUCCAGAUUCAUCAUCACAUUUGCUUCAUACGCCAGAAUCAUCACCAACGCUGGAAUCAUCAGAAGUGAAACCGUCAAUUGUUCCUAACAAUCCUUCGGAUUUGUCGCAGAUAUCGCAGUCAAUAAGUGUGGUUGCUCAUCUGACAGAAAAAUAUGCGAAAAAAAGGAAAGAAAAAUCUGGACGUAAGUAUUUUAAUUUUUCUCACAUAGAAUAGAA